CAGCUGUCAAGUGAAUCGAAAAAAGAGGGUGUUGAUCGAUAAUCACAGAAAAGUGAAAAUUAGCAAAAUUUUUAAUUCGAGUUGGACGUUUUGGUGUUGUAUAUACUAUUGAAGGAAGUGAAAAAGGCUUUUUGCUGAAAUGAUUGGUGGAUUAUUUGUAUAUAACCACAAGGGGGAGGUACUAAUCAGUCGCGUAUAUCGUGAUGAUAUUGGACGUAAUGCAGUGGAUGCUUUUCGUGUCAACGUCAUCCAUGCAAGGCAGCAAGUGCGUUCCCCGGUAACGAAUAUUGCAAGAACAAGCUUUUUCCAUAUAAAGCGUGCCAAUAUUUGGCUAGCUGCCGUGACCAAACAAAAUGUAAAUGCAGCAAUGGUAUUCGAAUUCCUAUUAAAAAUUAUCGAAGUAAUGCAGUCAUACUUUGGUAAAAUUUCUGAAGAAAACAUUAAGAAUAACUUCGUUUUAAUAUAUGAAUUGCUCGACGAGAUACUCGACUUCGGUUAUCCGCAGAACACGGACUCUGGCACGCUGAAGACGUUCAUAACGCAGCAGGGUAUUAAGUCGGCCACUAAGGAAGAACAAAUGCAAAUCACCUCACAGGUAACCGGUCAAAUCGGAUGGCGGCGUGAAGGCAUAAAAUACCGUCGCAAUGAACUUUUCCUCGACGUGUUAGAGUACGUGAAUCUACUGAUGAGUCCACAGGGCCAAGUGCUUUCCGCACAUGUUGCUGGAAAAGUAGUUAUGAAGUCGUAUCUUUCAGGAAUGCCAGAGUGUAAAUUUGGUAUAAAUGACAAAAUAGUGAUGGAAUCAAAAGGCCGUGGCAUUGGCGGCAAUUCAGAGGCGGAAACCUCACGCUCAGGCAAGCCUGUUGUCGUAAUCGAUGACUGUCAGUUUCAUCAGUGUGUGAAAUUGAGUAAAUUCGAAACCGAGCACUCCAUUAGUUUUAUUCCACCCGAUGGAGAAUUCGAGUUAAUGCGCUAUCGCACUACCAAAGACAUUUCAUUGCCAUUCCGAGUUAUUCCUCUUGUACGAGAAGUUGGCCGUACUAAAAUGGAGGUAAAAGUAGUACUAAAAUCGAAUUUCAAACCGUCACUAUUAGGUCAGAAAAUAGAAGUAAAAAUUCCGACGCCAUUGAACACUUCGGGAGUACAAUUGAUUUGUCUCAAGGGGAAAGCCAAAUACAAGGCUUCAGACAACGCAAUUGUGUGGAAAAUAAAGCGUAUGGCAGGCAUGAAAGAGACGCAACUAUCAGCGGAAAUUGAGUUGUUAGAAACGGAUACGAAGAAAAAAUGGACACGUCCACCUAUUUCAAUGAAUUUCGAAGUACCAUUCGCGCCAUCAGGAUUUAAAGUACGAUAUCUAAAAGUAUUUGAACCAAAACUGAAUUACUCCGAUCACGAUGUUGUAAAAUGGGUACGCUACAUUGGCCGCAGUGGUCUCUAUGAAACUCGCUGUUAAAUUGGCGAAGACUCUGGACGAGUAAAAGAGUAAAGAAUUUUCCGAUUUGUAUUCUCAAUCUGAUUGAACGCACUAUAUUCCACACUAGUUCUUAAAUGUAUAGCCAUUACACACUACAUACAUAAAUGCAUAUUAAUCAUAUUAUUUAAUCACAUUUUUUAUUAUGACAUUCUAAUUUUGUAAAAUUACUAUUGGUCUUUAUUACAUACGUAUAUUCCUCAAUUUUAUACUACAUACCUAUGAUAUUAUUUUAUUUUCAUAACAUGAAUGUUAAUUAAAAAAAAUCACGUUUUCUGCGAACAAUUUAUGCGAAUACAAAAGUGAAUAUGCUCCAACCUCCCUUUGUGAUUCUUAGAUUUCUAUUCAAAAUUUUCAUGUGGUUCAAGAAAUGCAAACCUUUAUAAACUAAACACAGUAUAUGUGUGAAUUCGUAAGUUUGUGCAGGAAUUAGCCCAGCAGAGUGGUACUGUCGUACCAAUUUUAUCUGUGUACGAUCAUAUGGAAAUGAUUAACAAAAAAUGUUUAGAAAAUAUGAAGGUUCCAUGAACUUCUUUCUUGUUGAUGCUAGCAUCCACAGAAGAUGUGUACUCAUGAGCACCGUGCAAAUUUUUGCAGAGGAAUUGAAAUUGGUGGAGUCAAAGGUAACAAAAAGUGUGAUGAGCACAGAAAUUUAUGUAUAUGGAGUUAAAUAAUGGAAUUAGAUGGCUUGUAUUCUCAUACAUACAUAUAUAAAUGUCAAAACCUAUAAUAUGUAUGCAUAUGUUUCCACAUAUUGCUCACUUUUCUUCUGUUGUAUAAUAGGCAUAAA